UCUAUUCUCUUUUCUGAACCAAGCCUCUUAAGUUCUGAACCAAUCCGCCUCUCAAUCCUUUCCCUUUUUUUCGUAUAGCAAGUAAUGUCUCCCCUUCUUCUCCGCGUUGUGCAUCGUUCCACCUCCCUCUUCCGACCUAAACACCAAGAGCCCCAAAUCCCUAGGGUUUUCGCUCCGGGAUAGAUACAAAUCACUUGCUCCAAUCUCUGAUUCCGGCCCCUAGAUUUUGUGAUGGAUGGGGUCUCUAUCCCUCGGGGUCGCUCUGUGGAAGGGAAAACACCAACCUAUGGAGAGAGAGAAACAGAGAGAGAUGAAUUCGUGAGCUGAUAAAGGAGACAACCCAACCUGGUUUCAAUGUCCUCCGCAAGCGCCAUUACUACAAAUUGCUAAAAUGUGCGUCCAAUCCUACGGCAUGGGAAAUGAGUCCAGUGGUGAGCCCAUGAUCUCAGGCGACCUCAAGAUCAAUAUCAAGGGGAAGCACCUGAUCUUGGCCAGGUUGGAAAUACCAACAAAAUUCAGACGCUUCUAUUUAGUGCUAUUCUGUCUAACUGGGGGAAGGUAUGUUUCAAAAACUAAAUUGCAGUUAAUGAGGGAGGUUGCUGACAAAGUUGAUACGCAUCUUGAGCUUGCUCCUGCCCUCGGAGGUGAGCUCCGAAUGCAUCUCCGUAGUCAUGGCAUCCGCGAUCCGUCGUAGCUUUCCAAUAGGUGUGGCACACUGCUCCUUGAGCUCCCUCACUAUUGCCACUACCCUCACCCACCACCCCCAGCUCUGCAUUCAGUGCUGCACCACCACCUCAGCCACCGCGCACGCCGUCGCCGUCCUCACCGCCGCCUUUCCCAUC